AUGACCAACAGCGAUGUCGACAGCAUGCUGAGCGCUCUGUCCGGGGGUACAAUGAGCUAUGGCGAUGUGGCAUGUAACUGGCUGCAGAACAACGAAAUCGUCUGGAAAACAUGGAUCCCGUCGCCGCCGGUGCUGGACGUGGCGUCCUGCGGCGUUGGCAUGGGCAAGUAUUCCAUCGGGCUCAUGACCGAGUGUCUAUCCUGUCCGGUUGGGAGCUACAACUGGCAGGCCAACAACACUGGGACGUGCACCCUCUGCCCCACCAACGCCAACUGUGCCGGCGGCACGCUGGUUGUGCCGUCCGAAAACUACUGGCUCAACAGUCUCUCGACGACAGUGGCAGACAUUUAUGAAUGUCCCGUCGAUGGCGUGUGUUGCCCAGGCGGAGCUUGCAACAUCACGAACCAAUGCGCCCCGGGCUUUGCAGGGGUUUUAUGCAGCGAUUGCGCGAGUCCAGAACAUUAUAUGUGGGGAGGCGCAGGCCCGACGAUUGAGAUCCUGACCUUCUAUUUCCAAGUGGCGAGCCUGAUCACCGACCGGUUCGGCAUCCACCAAGUCCUGAGCGUGAUCUCGCUGAACAUGGACGUCCUGCCCAAGUGUCUGGUACCACUCAGCGGCAUGUUCAAGAUCCUGUUCAUCUACGCAUCGCCGGCGCUGAUGUUUAUGAACCUCUCAUGGGUCCUGGGGCUCUGUUGGCUCUUUUCCAAGUUCGCGCCUAUGCGUGCAGUCGAGGUUAUCUCCAAGCGGGCGCCGGCCUAUCUGAAACACCACUCACUCGCCGAAAAUGCCAUCCACACGAGCGUCGAGGUCGCCACGUUCUGCUUUCUGCCCAUGAUCGAGGCCGCGACGACGCUGCUGGACUGCAGGACGAUCGCAGGGACAAACGUGCUCUACCAGGCAGCCUCGACGCCGUGCUGGAAGGGGAUGCACCUUGGUGCCGGAAUCUUUGCGAUCAUCGUGAUCACGACCCUGCUGGGUGCCGUGCCUGUCUCGCUGCUGGUCUAUCUUCGGUCGCUCAAGGUCAAGAGGCAGCUGGUCUAUGUGACGCACGAUACUACCUGGCACCGCCUCUUGUACAAGCCCUUCAGGAAAAAGUACUACUUUUGGCUGCCAGUGGCCCUCUUUGAGCGAGGCUUUGUCCUGCUGAUCUUUGUGGCAUUCUCGGGCACCGACAAGUUCACCAUGAACAACUCGCGAGUCUUCUUGUUCUUUGUCCUGAGCAUCGUGCGGAUGUACAUCCAGCCCUACCGCCAGCAUGCCGAGAGUCGGCUCAACCAAGAGGCAUGUCUCUGCUGGCUGGUGCUGUCGUCGCUCAACUAUCUCUACCUCUUCAACUGGACGACAAACGGCGCCGUUGCUUUGCUUGACGCAGCCAUGGUUGUGGUGCUGCUCCUGCCGAUCGUCUCGUUUGUGUACUGGCGCAGCCACCGAGUCGUUCAGCGGAUGAAGAGCAAGGGCCUUGCGGACGACCGAUCAGCCGGCAGCCACAACUGCCUCUCGGACGACGCCAUAGCCACGAUCCCGUCCAAGGUGCGCAAGUCCCAGAACAUCGAGGGCGAAGCCUAAAGCCCCGGGUUGCCAAACAGAGACAUACCGUAGCAGCCCCAGCAGUGCUUUGGCGAGCAUUUGAAUAGCAUUCAUUGGUAACUGUGGUCUUUGG